GGAAAGAGCCAGCAUGUGCCGGGAAGGCGGCCGGAGCUUGAGGCGGAGCUGCGAGCUGGUGGUCCCUGAGCAGCCUCCCAGCAGGGAAAAGCCCUUCAGGUGUUUGGAAUGUGGGAAGAGCUUCAGGACAAGCACCAGCCUCCUCACCCACCUGCACAUCCACAGUGGGGAACGGCCCUACACGUGUGGGGAGUGUGGGAUGAGCUUCAGGCACAGCUCCGCCCUCCACAGGCACCGUCUCAUCCACAGUGGGGAACGGCCCUACACGUGUGGGGAGUGUGGGAAGAACUUCAAACAGAGCUCCCACCUCCGCAACCACCAGAUGAUCCACAGUGGGGAAAGGCCCUACACAUGUGGGGAAUGUGGGAAGAGCUUCAGCAAGAGCACCAACCUCCUCAGGCACCAGCUCACCCACACUGGGGAACGACCCUACAAGUGCUUGGAAUGUGUAAAUAGCUUCAGCACAAGCACUGACCUCCUCAGGCACCAGCUCAUCCACAGUGGGGAACGGCCCUACACGUGUAGGGAAUGUGGGAAGAGCUUCAAACGGAGCUCCCACCUGCUCCGACACCAGAUGAUCCACAGUAGAGAAAGACCCUACACGUGUGGGGAAUGUGGGAAGAGCUUCAGCAACAGCACCAACCUCCUCAGGCACCAGCUCACCCACACUGGGGAACGACCCUACAAGUGCUUGGAAUGUGGGAAGAGCUUCAGCACAAGCACUGAGCUCCUCAACCACCAGCACAUCCACAGUGGGGAACUGCCCUACACGUGUAGGGAAUGUGGGAAGAGCUUCAGCCGGAGAUCCACCCUCCACACCCACCGUCGCAUCCACACUGGGGAACGGCCCUACAAGUGCUUGGAAUGUGGAAGGAGCUUCAGGCACAGCUCCACCCUCCAAACCCACCGUCGCAUCCACACUGGGGAAUGGCCCUACACAUGUGGGGAGUGUGGGAAGAGCUUCAGGGACAGCUCCACCCUCCACAAGCACCGUCGCAUCCACAUGGGGGAGAGGCCCUACAAGUGUGGGGGGUGUGGGAAGAGCUUCAUCCGGAGGGCUGCCUUGACCAAACACCAACGGACCCACCGGUAAGAGAAGCCCCGAGUGCCCCGAGUGCGGGAAGAGCUUCGGCCGCUGCUCCAACUCCAUCAGCCAUGGGAGGACCCGCGUUGGAUGAUCCACAGGGACCCCCGUUGGGCACAGACCUGGUGACCAACAUUCCUGGUGACCCCUGUUUAGCAGAGACCUGGUGCUGGAAUAGAGUUCAAACACUGAAGAAGAAGAAGGACUGGCACAUCUGAUGAGAAAGAGAAGACUCCAGUUCCCGGAUAACAUGACGGUCAGGAUGGUCUCCCCAAAGAAGAACCCUGAAGAUUUGCAUCGAAAGUGCUGGAUGGGCCAAGGGGCUGAUCCUGCCUUCCCUUCCCCUUUCAGGCGGCUCAUGGGGUGAGAAAUUUAAAGUUUCUGCUGUGCUUGCUUUGUGGUGUUCUUGCUGUGUUUGAAGUGUGUUUUUGUAGCCAGAGCCUCUCAGCGAGGCCUACGAGCUUUUCUGAGCUGGUCAGGGUUUGUCUUGGUCAAGAGUGUUAUUGGGUGAGCUGCUGCAGGGAUUGCUUUGUAAAGGUGCUGCCAGUUUGUGGGCAGUGGAAUAAGUGGUGGGAGAUUGUGCUGAGGGAGUUUCCCUGUCCCUGGGAAGUGGCAGUGCCCAAAAAGGGUGAUGGAAUCCCCUGCCCUUGGGAAUGUGUUUGGGGCAGAGUUGCUGUGGGGAACAGCCGAGAGCCCAGACUGGACUGAUCUGGUUUUGGCUUCCCUGGGGCACUAAGAGGCAAAUAGACCUUUGAAGAGUGGGGUAAAUGUGCCCUGACCCUCUGUUUUCCGUGACCCCCCCCUGUGUUGAACCCCCCCUUAAAGGGGUGGUUGAGGUACAUCCUUAAAUGCCAUCAUUAGAGCCUGGGGGACAAACGUGGUUCAGCCCCCCCUCUAGAAUUGCUCUAAAUUUCAACUGUUGGCACAAUGCAAGGCUGAGAUUGGAUCCAGCAGCCCCCAGCACCCCAGAGGAAGUUGGGAGCUCAGGGGGACCACCCCCAUUUCCCAACCCCCAGUGCCCAAAGACCCCCAUGGGACCGUCCAUCCCUCCAGACCACCCCCCUUUUCCACCCCUCUCCCUGUUCCUCCCACUUUUCCAUGGUCUCCUCAAGCCCCAGCCUUUCCCAGAUCAGUUUUGGGGUCCCAACCCCCACUUUUCCCCCUCUCUCACUCCUUACACAUCAUUUCUCCAAUCCCCAGCCCCCUCAUGCUCAGUUUGGGGGUCCCACCCUCCCCUUUUCCCCACUCUUCUGACCUCUCCCACCCCUGUCCCCUCAUCCCCCAUUC